GUCUUAGGUGAGGACGCUUGAGUAGUCUGGAGGCAGCCAUGGCGGACGCACAGGAGGAGACGUGCCACCAGCCCCUCGCUCUUCAGGACGCCGCACCGGCUCCCACACAGGCUGUAGAAGAUGUCCAACCUCCUCCAGAUGGUGGAGAAAUUGCCGAGGCCAAUUAUGAGGCAUCUUUCAAGGUCGAGAGCAGUGGUACUACUGGCAGCAUAAGCAAGAAUCAAUGGCGUUGUCCUGAUCCAAGUUGCAGGAACUGCAAUGAUUAUAAUGAAACAAAGUGCAUUAAAUGUGGGUUUACUCAGCCCAGGUCCAGUGGACGAUAUAGAAGUCGAAGAGGAUUACAAUCCAAACCAGAAAAGAUACAAAUUUGGCCAACUUGUGUUGUAUCUGCAAAUCAGUUUUAUGGGCACACUUUGGAGGAAAAGAAACAGGCCGAACGCAUUGCACAUCUUCUCAACGAUGCAGUAGAAACAAGCUUCAAUAAAGUAGAACAAGUCAUUACUGGAAUGGUGUGCACUUACAAGACUGACAAAGGCUGGGUUCGUGUAAAUGUCAAAGGAUCUUGCAUUACGGAAUCUUGUCCUUACCGACAGAAGCUUGACAGUGAGGCUUGUAUCAGUGAUGCUGCUAGUUAUUGGCACAUUGUUUGGAUAGAUUAUGGUAAUUUGAGUUGUGUGCCAUCUGAUGACCUGGCCUUGGUGACAAAAGAUAUGGGAAACGUAUCACCAAAGGUCAAACAAUAUUACCUGAAAGGUGUUUAUUUGCCUAAGGAAUUUAUGAACACAGAGAUUCAGGGUCGCACGUGGCUGGAAUCCAUCAUCUCUAACCAGGUUUUGGAUGCAGAGUGUUAUGCAAGCUCUAAAUUUAGGACUUACGUUAAGAUUACAGUUGGAGACGUUGAUGUUAAUGAAGCUGCCGUAGGAAAAGGUUUUGUAAAGCCUUUGCCUGAUUAUGCCAAGUCACUUAAUAAGAAGAAAGAGUCAAAAAGGAAAGGCAGCCGUAAUACACAGCCAAGUGCUGCAGGUGCCAAUAUUUCUGAGCUGUUUAAGUCUGGUGAGGAAAAUGAAGAGGAAGCAACUUCACUUGUUCCACGCAAACCAGUAUCAUCGGAGCAGAGAGAUGCCCGUUUACUGGAGAUGGGUCAUGAGCUUAUGAAGGCUGUGGUGGCAACCGUGGAAUUUGAGCUACAGGGGGAUUCUACGAGACUUGUUGACAUGGAGCAACUGAUUGAGAAAGUGAAAGACAGAUGCUGUGGGAAGAAACUGAAUUUGAGUACAAAGAAUAUUGGAAAGAAGAGCAAAGAGGGUAUGAACUUUCUGGAAUUUAAUAGAGUAUUCGUGCUAACUAAGGAAGUUCUUAACGAGUUAAUCAUUGCAGUCACAAUAGAUUUGGCUUGCUAUCAUCGGGAAGGAAAAGCAUACGCACAUCUUCAUCCAGAAAACAUUCUAGUCACUGAGUUUGGCAGUGCCCUACGUGCUCCAGAAUGUGCUAAAAAAUGUUCCAUUACAGAAAAUUGGCCCUUUCAGUUUGCAGAGCCAUGUGAUACACAGCGUAUUAAGAUUUUGAAAGACUCUUAUAAUCUAGGAGUUCUGAUGGUAUGGGCAGUAUCUCAUGGUGAAGGCAAUUUUGAAGGGGGCAAGGAAGCUGCCAUUAAUCGGAUUCCACUCAUCAAGCAUCUUAUUGCUGAAGAGCCUCUUGAGCGACCCACUGUGAAAGAUCUCAUUGUGUUGCCAUGGCAUUCGCCCAAGGCUCCACAAGCUGAACAAUAGCAACCUCUUAAUGUUAAGGAUAAAAUAUUUU